AUGACCUGGUUGCUGCACUAUGUGGAUCCUUUGGAUCUCAGCUUCAUGGCAGCUGUCCUCACCAUUGCUUCCAAUCCAUUUUUAUGGAAUGUGGCUGCAAGAUGGGAGCACAGAAUCUGCAAACUGAGCAGCGCCCUCAGAUCCCCACACCUGGCCUGCUACUCUCCGGGUGGCAUCAUCCAGCUGCUGAGUGUCUUACACUCACGCUGCUUCACACAGGCCAUGCUGAGCCAGCCCAAGACAGAGGGCCUGAAUAAUACCACCACCUACCUCCUGGGCCUUGCACUCCUGGGUGUGGGCACCGUGUCUGUGCUUUCCAGUUUCUUCACACUGGGGUUCACUGGAUCCUUCUCAGGUGAUUACUUCAGGAUCCUCAAGGAGACCAGAGGGACCACAUUUCCCUUCAGCAUCCUGGACAACCCCAGAUACUGGGGAAGCACAGCCAACUACCUGGGCUGGACCCUCAUGCACACCAGUCCCACAGGCCUGCUGCUGACAGUGGUGGUGGUCCUUGUCUAUGUGGUUGCCAGUCUGUAG